UACUUGCCCUUUUUAUUUAAUUGUUAUUGUGAAAGCAUUCGGUUAAGAAAGAAAAAUAAAUAAAUAGAUAGAAAGAUAAUCAGGAAAAUUACCCCUAUAAAGGCACAAUAAAAUCAUUUUUAGAGGAACUUAUAAUUAAUGGACUUAGAAUAGUAAAUACUUGAAAGAGCAAAAAACUAAACAGCUUCAGAAAGAAAAAAGUUGGAAGAUUAAAAAUACUAAGAGCGACUACCUUGGGAAUCAAAGCAUAUCUCCCCGUAUAUUCCUAAACUUGACAAAAUAGGUUUCAAAAAUGACUAUUAUUUACCUGAAACUUACAACUAUGAACUGGUUAAAUCUUUCUAACCAUUUUUGAAAAGCUAAAUAAAUCCUAUUCGCUAAGGAGAAGAGGAUUAUACAGAAUAUAUUAAAAAUUUAGAUGAAGAAGAACAAGCUCGCUUUACCAUGGAUAAAUUUCGUGAAUUCUUAGCAGAAAAAUCUAAACCUUAGCUAUCAACAGAGUCAGGGUUAAUGAAUAUCAGGUACAGGAAUAGAUUACUCAAUAUAUUAGAUCUGUACUAAUAAGGAAAAUUAUCAUCAGUUAAGGCAUUAUAAAAUUUAAAUUAGAUAUAGUAAGCCUCAAGUAAUCCAAAUUAUGUAGCAGCUGCACCAGCCACUCAGUAAACAUAAAAUACUCCUUCAUAUUUAAAUGUACCUUAGAUAAAUUAAUCAAUUAAUUUAUAGCAAUAAACUCCUUAACAAUAAACUGCUACACCAUACAACUAAUUAUAAUAUAGCAAUGCUAGAGGAUCUAAUUAGUUGUAACCCAUAUUAGGCUAAUCAAGCAUAUCGCCUAUCAGUUAAAUUCAAAGUUCUGUAUCCUAAGGAAAUACCCCUCUGUAACAAUAACUAAUUUAGCCAUCUUAUUAGCCACGUCCUUCAAAUAGCUUUGGAUCUGUAGCAGCAAGGGCAUUAAAUUAGUAAAUAUAAUAGUAAAUACCAAAUAUUCCUAUAAAUUAGGUGUAAGCAAGCCCAUCUUUAUAAAUGAAAUCUCCACAGUAAUUUUCAUAAAUCCAAUAAGCUUAGUAAAUGAAUUAUCCACAACAAGAUUAUCUGUUAAAAGGAUCACAAGUAAACCAAUAACCUCAACAAUACCAAAAUUUUAUUCCAGUUCAGCAAUAUUAAUAGCAAUAAUAAGGUAUUGUUUUCGCAUAAAACGAUGUAUUUAAUUAACAACUCCAUUACGAUUAUGAAAAAAUAUUGAAAUCUGAAGGAAAGCUAAAAUAAGGGCAAGAAGGCUAAAGUUGGAAUCAAGCUAGUGAAUCUUAUUUGUAAAAAUUGUUUGAAUGGGAUAAUGACUCUGAUAAUUGGAUAUAAGAUUAAUUAUUGUUAAAUAAACACAUUCAAACUUAGUUUUUCUUAUAGCCAAGAGUUUAUAGGUAAGUGAGACCUAUUGAUAAAAUUAAAAGAGAAGUAAUUAAGACUACUGAUGGUUAAUUAAUACCUUUUGAAUCUGUAAUCGAAAGAAGAUCUGUAGAAAUUAUGCACCAAAGAGAUUUUCUUGUUAAACCAAGCUUAAUACCUAAUAUUCAGGGAGAGUUAGAGAUAGUUCAUGACGUAUUUAGCUAUGAUCGCUCCUUUAUUGUUGAGUAAAAUCCUAUAACUAAAUCAGAAAUCUUGCAUGAAUAUCCCAUACAUUUAAACGAAGAUUAAUUUUUUGAUUUCCUUUUUUAAACUGGCAUUGAUGUUAAGCGUAUGGAUUAUUUUAUAUAAUAACCUGCUUAGCAGUUUAAUUAGACAAUUAAGACUGCUGAAUUUGCUUAAUAAUAUAUGGAUCCAUAAGCUUACCAAUUUUAUUAGCAACUUUAGUAAUAAUAGGAAAUGCAAAAUUAAAAUAUUCUAUCAUCCUCCACUUUAAAUAAUAUUCCUAAUAGAACAAAACAAAAAAAAACUACCAAAAAAGCGAAUCAAUAACAUGAUUAAACUUAAACAUUUGACUAUGAAAGAAAGAGAAAAGAAGAAUUAAAGAAAUACUUCACAGAAGAUUAACAAACACAAAAAAUACAAAGGAAUUCAAACAAUUAUUAAGAAAUUUUUGAUUACAAUGAAUCUAAAAUAAAUAUAGCUUAUCCAAAAGAAUCCUAAAUAUCGUUUGAUUAAGAGAUUGGAUAGAUAAAAAAUUUAUGA